UGGGCAAGGAAGGCGACGGCCCCUGUGGACGACGAUGGCCGGCGGCCCCGCUCCCCGGCCCGCACCCCAGCGGCCGCCCUGUGGCUCCUGUGUGCGCUCGGCCUCGCGGGCACCGACGCCGGGCCGCCGCCCACGCCCCCCGCGCUGCCCGCCGGAGCCGCCUGCCUGGACCGCUUCACCCCCGGGGUGCCCUCCUUCGUGCUCGACACCGACGCCUCGGUCAGCAACGGGGCCACCUUCCUGGGCUCGCCCGCCGUGCGCCGCGGCCGGGACUGCGUGCGCGCCUGCUGCACCACCCCCGGCUGCAACCUGGCCCUGGUGGAGCUGCAGCCCGCCGGCGGGGAGGACGCCGCCGCCGCCUGCUUCCUCGUCAACUGCCUCUACGAGCAGAACUUUGUGUGCAAGUUCGCGCCCAAGGAGGGCUUCGUCAACUACCUCACCAGGGAGGUUUACCGCUCCUACCGCGAGCUGCGGACUCAGGGCUUUGGAGGGUCCCGGAUCCCCAAGAUCUGGGCAGGCAUAGACCUGAAGGUACAGCCCCAGGAACCCCUGCUGCUGAAGGGUGUGGAGAACACAGAUUGGCACCUACUGCAGGGUGACCCGGACGUCAGGGUGGAGAGGAAAGAUCCGGACCAGGUGGAACUAUGGGGACUCAAGGAAGGCACCUACCUGUUCCAGCUGACAUUGGACAGCUCAGACCAGCCAGAGAGCACGGCCAACGUCACAGUCACCGUUCUCUCCGCCAAGCAGACAGAAGAAUAUUGCCUCGUAACCAAAAAGGUGGGCCGCUGCCGUGGUUCCUUCCCCCGCUGGUACUAUGACCCCAAAGAACAGAUCUGCAAGAGUUUUGUGUAUGGAGGUUGCUUGGGCAACAAGAACAAUUACCUUCGGGAGGAAGAGUGCAAGCUAGCCUGCCGUGAUGUACAAGGUGGGCCUUUGCGUGGCAGCUUUGGGGAUCAGGUGACUUUCCCUCAAGGUUCCUCCAAGGAAAGGCACCAUCCAGUGUGCUCUGACGCCUGUCCCUCCUCCGAGUUCCACUGCAGCAAUGGCUGCUGCAUCGACAGCUAUUUGGAGUGUGACGGCACGCCCGACUGCUCUGACGCCUCCGACGAGGCCGCCUGUGAUGAAUACACCAGCGGCUUUGAGGAGCUUCAGAACUUCCGUUUCCCCAGUGACAAAGGGCACUGCGUGGACCUGCCAGACACGGGCCUCUGCAAGGAGAACAUCCCACGCUGGUACUACAACCCCUUCAGCGAACGCUGCGCCCGCUUUACCUAUGGCGGUUGUUAUGGCAACAAGAACAACUUUGAGGAUGAGCAGCAGUGUCUUGAGUCCUGUCGUGGCAUCUCCAAGAAGGAUGUGUUUGGCCUGCGGCGGGAAGCCCCCAUUCCCAACGUAGGCUCCGCGGAAGUGGCCGUUGCGGUGUUCCUGGCCGCCUGCAUCGUGGUGGUGGUAGCCAUCCUGGGGUACUGCUUCUUCAAGAACCAGAAGAAGGGCUUCCACGGAUACCGCCGCAGCCAUCGCCACCCCCCGCCCCCGACCCCCGCCAGCUCCACGGUUUCCACCACAGAGGACACAGAGCACCUGGUCUAUAACCACACUACCCAACCCCUCUGAGCCUGCGGCUACCUUGGCCCUUCGGCCUGGGGCUCUCACGGGCUCUCACCAGCUCUCACCUGACCCUGCUUCCUCCUUGCCAAGGAGGAGGCCUGGGCUGGGAAAGACUUUGGGACCAGACCCUUCCUGCCUGUUUCUCAGGCGUCUGCCUCAGAGGCCAGGGCUCUAGCCCCUGUCAGAGAUGUCUCAGCUAAGCUCAGACCACUUGUUCCUGAGAAGGCUCCAGGGUCUGAAAGGAAAGAAAGCCUUGGAGCCAGGAGUCCCAUAGAUGGACCUGCUUACCUUGGAUGUCAGAGGAAGUUGGAGGCCUGUUUCCUGUUCAAAGCUGCCUGCCCCACACCGAGGUGUUGGGAAGGGGACUGGGCAGCGUCAGAAGCUGGAGGCCCAACCCUGUCCUCCAGCGCUACCCCUCCCACUCUGACAGGCCAGAGCGGAGAUAAGGACCUCCUAUGAAUUUUGCGCUGUACAGAGUUGCUUUUUGUUUAUUUAAUGCCAUGGGGGUGGACGAGAGGAGUGGAAAGUGGCUAUCUGGCCUCUGUUGCCUCUUCCCUUCCCCCAAGAGGGAGUCCCAACUUGGCCUGACCUAGCGCAUGGAGCCAGAGCUGCUCCAAGCUUCCUGCACUCCCCAGGCCUCUCUGGCACCACACCCACUCCGCGCCCCUACUUUACACAGGCCCCAAUGCACCCACAGUGUAAUAAAGUGGUUUGUUCUGUGGGG